GGCAAACAGACAAGAAAGGAGUGAAAAAGAGUAGCCUCAGACUUUAAAGCUCAAAAAUCGCAGGAGCUCACAUUGAAACGCCUACUAAAGACUGGAAAAGAGAUUUUUGCCAGGUGAGAAAAUCCCCAGUUUGCGAUAGAGAGGACGGACGACUAAAGGUGAAGACUUAAGAGGUGGCUGAGGUGAGAGAAGGAACCGGACAAUGUCUUCGUUUGACACCCAGAGCCAGUCUCCUCCUCGGUGCGGCCCACAGUUCCCGAGCCUGGGCCAGGAGCCCCCUGAACUCAGCAUGUACGGCGACUGUUACUACCCUCCUCCCUCUCUGCCGAGUCCUCAGCGGACAACUCCAACCACCUACGACCUGGGCGACUACACCAACUCACCCCCGAACCCUUACCUGUGGUUUAACAGCUCGGGGAUCAACACGCCGUCGUACCUGUCGACGACCAGCCCGCCGGGCAACCCCGGACCCCCCUUCGUCCCCCAGCACUACGGCAUGCAGAGGCCCUACCUGGGCCCGGCUGGACACGGAGGUCCGGGGGGAGAACUGAGCUGGUUCAGUCUCCCAUCUCAAGAAGAUUUGAUGAAGCUGGUCAGACCUCCUUACUCCUACUCGGCACUCAUCGCCAUGGCGAUCCACGGAGCCCCCGAUAAGAGACUGACGCUCAGUCAGAUUUACCAAUACGUUGCCGAUAACUUCCCCUUCUACAACAAGAGCAAAGCGGGCUGGCAGAACUCCAUCCGGCACAACCUUUCCCUCAAUGACUGCUUCAAAAAAGUACCUAGAGACGAGGAUGAUCCAGGUAAAGGCAACUACUGGACGCUUGACCCAAACUGCGAAAAGAUGUUUGACAACGGAAACUUCCGCCGUAAAAGGAAGAGGAAGUCGGACACCCUCUCCGGGGGCGACGGCGGUCCGGGGGCCCCGGAGUCAGGCGACAGCGAGAGGGGCAGCCCCAAGCAUCCCUCCCUCAACAUGUCCCCACCACCGGAGAGAAUCCCCUCCCCGUCCCUGUCGGGGCCCACGCCGUGCCUGAGCAGCUUCUUAUCCGAGAUGUCUACGGUUUCCACCGGAGCAACGAACGAGGUGGGGGGCGACGGCCUGAGCAGGCCGCUGCAGAUCAACCACCCCUUGGACGGGCCCCACAGAACCACGCAGCCGGGAACCUUCAGCACCUACUCCCCCAACUCCAGCGGCUCCGAGUGGGGACCACAGGUGCCGGCGCCCCCCGUGUUCACUUCCUCCCCCACCCACUCCUCUCUAGGCUACUCCAGUCCCAUCCUCAGCCAGUACAGCGGCUCCAGCGGGCAUUUCUACCCAGCACUGGGCUCCACGGGAAUCAUCUAUCACCGCGAGGGCACAGAGGUUUAAGAAGACUUUCGUAGGGAGAGGGGUUGCGUUUGAAAAGACAGUUGAGCCGUUCACCCUGUCUGAUCUUACUUUGUUUAAGAAAUGUUGUGCUGAGAAAAAACAACACACAAAGAGGGAGAGGGAGAGAAAAAAAGGGUAUGUUUGCGCUGACGGAGACAGUUGAGAUCAGGAAAGCGUGUGACGCCUGACUAGAACGGCUUUGAUUCCCACAGGAACGGCUGAGUCAGCUGCAGCCGCCUCGGACUGUCACUCCCUGGAACUGCGGUUAGCCUCCCUAUCAGAUCCUCUGUCAGCUUUUAUUCUCCUUAAGCUCGUCUCUAUCAGAUCUUACUCAUUAUUAACAGAUCCCAGUUCUGAUCUGCUGACAUCAUGCCAUUCCACACCACUACUCUCUGAUGGUAUCGCCCUAACGACGCUCACACAGCACUAUUAGAGGGGUGGUUAAAUUACACCGAUCAACAUGUUAAAAGUACUUCCAAAGCUUAAUAAAUGUGAUUAAUUUACAGUCUAAGAGUGUGAUACAGGUGGUAACGAUGCUUUCUACUGUACAUAACGCUUGUGUCUUGGUUUGUUGGUACUAUUACUGCUUAAAAUGGAUUUGUAAUGUGUGCUACAUUGGUGUGUGUUGUGUUUUUGAUAUGAAUAAAUUGUU